AUGACAACUCAGCGAACCAACUUUGAAAUUCCUAUAAACGACGAAAAUGACGUUUUACAAGUUACGGCGUUGGGUGCUGGUAACGAAGUGGGAAGGUCCUGUAUUGUCAUUCAAUACAAGGGGAAAACAAUAAUGCUUGAUGCGGGUGUCCACCCUGCAUAUAAUGGUUUGGCUGCACUUCCGUUUUAUGAUGAAAUUGAUCCUGCUACUGUUGAUGCUUUACUUAUUAGCCAUUUUCAUUUGGACCAUGCUGCUUCUUUGCCAUAUUUUUUGGAAAAGACAACCUUUCAAGGACGAGUAUUUAUGACACAUCCUACAAAGGCGAUUUAUAAAUGGUUAUUGUCUGAUUAUGUAAGAGUAAGCAAUGUUGCAUUAUUGGAUGAUAUGCUCUAUGAUGAACAAGAUCUUUUGCUUAGUUAUGAUAAAAUUGAAGCUGUAGACUAUCAUCAGGAAGUAGAAUUUGAAGGAAUAAAAUUUACUAGUUAUAAUGCAGGUCAUGUUUUAGGUGCAGCUAUGUUUCUGAUUGAAAUCGCAGGUAUUUUAUAUACCGGAGAUUAUUCUCGUGAAGAAGACAGACAUUUAAUGGCUGCUGAACUUCCAUCAGUGAGAAUUGAUGUGUUAAUCACAGAAUCCACAUAUGGAGUUCAGAGUCAUGAACCUAGGUUAGAAAAAGAAGCAAGAUUUACUGGGUUGGUCCAUGACAUCGUACAACGUGGUGGUCGUUGUUUGAUGCCGGUUUUCGCUUUAGGCCGUGCCCAAGAAUUACUUCUAAUUCUUGAUGAGUAUUGGAAAGCACAUCCUGAACUAGAAUCAGUACCUAUUUAUUAUGCCUCGUCUUUAGCAAAGAAAUGUAUAGCAGUUUAUCAAACUUAUAUUAAUAUGAUGAAUGAAAAGAUUCGCAAACAAUUUGCCAUAAACAAUCCUUUUAUUUUUAAUCAUAUCUCGAAUCUUAAAAAUAUGGAUGAUUUUGAUGAUGUCGGACCUUGUGUUAUGAUGGCCAGUCCCGGUAUGUUACAGAGCGGAUUGUCAAGAGAGUUAUUCGAAAGAUGGUGUCCAGACAAACGAAAUGGCCUUGUUAUAACUGGAUAUUGUGUUGAGGGUACUUUGGCUCGGCAUGCUAUGACUGAGCCGUCAGAAAUAAUUUCUAUGUCUGGUGCUACUAUUCCACUGAGAAUGUCGGUUAAUUAUGUUUCCUUCUCAGCUCAUGUUGAUUUUAUUCAGAAUAGUCAAUUCAUUGAUGAAAUAAAAGCUCCUCACGUGGUACUUGUGCAUGGAGAAACAAAUUCUAUGGCUAGGUUGAAAUCCGCGUUACAGAGCAAGUUUGCUGAACGUGACGAUAAAAUCAAAAUUUAUUCACCAAAAAAUUGUGAACCUGUAAAGUUAUAUUUUAGAGGGGAAAAAUUAGCUAAGGCUAUAGGUCGCUUAGCUGCAAAGUACCCAAUAGAAAAUCAAAUUGUAUCUGGCAUCAUAGUAUCAAAAGAUUUUCAAUUUAAUAUUAUGGAUGCAAACGAUCUCAAAGAUUUUUGUGGUAUCUCUACUUCAACAAUAAUGCAAAAACCGACUAUUGCAUAUCAUUCUUCUUUUUCACUAUUGAAAUAUCACCUUGAGCAAAUGUUCGGAACUCUGAAGGAAACUUUUGAUAGCGAACAAAUUCCAACUUUAACGAUAUUAAAUUCGAUUGAGGUAAAGCAUAUUAGUAAGAGCCAACUUCGACUAGAAUGGUCAAGUACUUCUAUGAACGACAAGAUUGCUGAUUCUGUGAUAGCAGUAAUAUUAAACAUUGAAAACAGCCCUGCCUCAGUAAAAGGUAAGUAG